CGGCACACGCGACCGUCCCCGCGACGUGCGCGACCGAUCGAACGUCGGCGAACGCCCUCGAGUCAUCGCCCGCGCGCGCUUCGGAGCCGAAGACGUCUCGCGCCGCGCGCGACGCCCCGCCCUUCGAGCGCGAUCGAAACGCUACGGAAGCGAAACAAUCGUCUCAACGAACAACAUCGCGACGAUGCGCGCGACGGUCUCUCGCGUCGCGGUCGUCCCGCGCGCGCGACUCCACGCGCGAUGCUCCUCUAACGGGAACGACCGCGUCAAGGCGUCCGGGAAGAGUCCCAAGAGCGGCAAGGCCGCGACGCGCAGGGCGUCCAUCAAAGGCGCCGCGCGAGACUGCGGAGCCGCGGACGCGCCGUGCUUCCCGGAAGAGCACGACUGCGCGGUCAGAGACGCGGACGGGUUCACGACGUACCGCGACGACCUGGACGCGAUGAUCGGGAUGCUCCCGUCGGACGUGCGCGAGGUGCUGAUGUGCCACCCGCACCGCGCGAGCCUCGUCGAGGUGAUCCUCGACCUCGGGCGGUGUCCCGUCGCGCGCUUCGUCGGCGACGCCGUCCCGGACGAGUGCCUUCGCGCGGCGCCCGUGACGGCGGAGGAUCUGCGCAAGGCGGAGGCGAGCGUCGGCGAUUUCGGCGGCGACAACCGCGCCGGGAUCGAGGGGACGCUGCACCGGAUAUCGUGCAUACGCAACCGCGCCGGGAAGAUCGUCGGGCUGACCUGCAGGGUCGGACGCGCGGUGAACGGCCACGUCGACAUGAUACAAGACUUGCUCGGCUCGAGCGAAUCGUGUUUGUUUCUCGGGCGGCCCGGGGUGGGGAAGACGACGGUGAUCCGAGAGAUGGCGCGCGUGCUGAGCGACGAGCUCGGCAAGCGCGUGGUCAUCAUCGACACGAGCAACGAGAUCGGCGGCGACGGCGACGUCCCGCACCCCGCGAUCGGCGGCGCGCGCCGGAUGCAAGUCCCCGAGCCGUCGGCGCAGCACAAGGUGAUGAUCGAGGCGGUGGAGAACCACAUGCCGGAGGUGAUCAUCGUGGACGAGAUCGGCACCGAGGCGGAGGCGCUCGCGUGCAGAACGAUCGCGGAGCGAGGCGUGCAGCUCGUCGGGACCGCGCACGGGCAGCUCCUGGAGAACUUGAUCCAGAACCCGACGCUGAAGGACCUCGUCGGCGGCAUUCAGUCCGUGACGCUCGGCGACGACGAGGCGAGGGCGCGCGGAUGCCAGAAGACCAUCAUGGAGCGCGCGGGUCCGGCGACGUUCCCGAUCGUCAUCGAGAUGCACGAGCGCUCGUUCUGGGUCGCGCACAACGUCGAGGAGUCCGUGGAUGAGAUUCUUACGGGAGGCAGGCCGAUGGUGCAGACGCGCGCGAGGAAGGAUGGCGAGGUUGUGGUCCACCGCGCGGUGUACGACGCCGACCUCGCGUUGGCGCGGCACGCCGUCGCGCACACGCUCGGGAGCAUGGGAGGGAUCAUGGGCAGCACGACGACGACGACCGCGGCGGAGGCGAUCGCGAGCGUGACGGAGUCGACGUCGGAGCCGUCGUUGGACGAGAGAGUGUUCGGUUUCGGCGCGGGGCUGGGGGCGGCGACGACGCCGGCGACGGCGACGCCCGCGUUCGCGCGGAACAACGUCGUGUCCGACGCGCGGUCGCGGAGGAGAGCGUCCGCGUCCGCGGCCGCGGCCGCGGCCGUGGCGUCGAGGGACGAUGACGAUCCGUACGCGUGGGCGCGGGAGCUCGGGAGGAUCCCGGACAAGGACGCGCUCGCGGCGAUGGGCGCGAGCGGGUACGCGUCGGACGACAGGAGCUUCAACGGGAACGGAAACGGCGGCGCGGAUAAACGCGGCAACGGGAAGAAGGAGAAGAAGAACCGACUCCGGAGCGCGCGCUGA